CUUUGGCCUAUAGUUAUUUGCAUCAUUUUCCCUCUGUUCCCUGCAAACACAACUACUAGGUGUGCAACACACAAACACAUACACAUACAUAUAGGUACCAACCCUCAAGAAAACCCAAUUGGAUUUGACUCUCUGUUUCCAUUUUAUGAAACCAAAAUGCAGAAAAACUGCAACUUUCUUCCCUAUUUAUAACUUAACAUCCAACACACUUUCUGGGCAUUCAUAAAAAUCCAAUCUUUUCUUCUCUUUCAUCUUUCUUUGUCUCAUUUGAGACACAUUGAUUCAGCCCACAAUUAGUCAAACAAAACAAAAAAGAUUCAAUUUUUAUGAAUCUUUUUUGAUCAAAUAUUUGUUUCACUCUCACACCCAUUGUUUAUUUUGCAUUUAAGUUAGUGGGUGUUCAUCUUUAUGAGGUUUUGAAGCAAUGAGAGAUGAAUUCUGCAAGAAAAGCAAGAGUUUGACUUUAUGCUGAUCAUAAUGAAGGUUUCAUGGCCUAAAACACUCAAGAAAUGGUUCAAUGUGAAGAACAAAUCUGAAAAUUUUCAUGCAGAUGAUUUCAGUUAUGGAGGUGGAGAUGAAGUAUGGAGGAACAAUUUUUCUGAAAAAGAGGUGUGUUCUAUCAAGGAAAGCAGAAACACAAGAACAGAAAGAUCAAGUAAACGAAGCGUGAAUUAUCUUCAGACAAACAAGAUCGAUCCGAAUCUUGCAGAAGUUAGGGAUGUUGAUAACUAUAGGAUCUUUGUAGCUACUUGGAAUGUGGCUGGAAAAUCUCCUACAAAUGACUUAAAUCUUGAAGAUUGGUUACACACUUCACCUUCUGCUCACAUUUAUGUUCUUGGGUUUCAAGAAAUAGUCCCAUUAAACGCGGGAAACGUACUAGGAACCGAAGACAACGGUCCAGCCAAAAAAUGGCUAGCACUCAUCCAAAAAACACUCAACACUCUACCCGAAACAACCGAAAUAUUCCACAACCCAUCACCCACACCCGACCCGCUUGUCGAAUCCGAUUCGGAUCUCGAAGACCCAUCAUCUCUCCUCAACCGUCGGUUAUCAUUCCAAUCACAAUGUCAAAGCAUGAGGUUCACCGGGAGUGACAUGGCAAUCCCCUAUUCAAGAUUUGAGAGUAGAUAUAGUGUGAGUGAUCGGGUCGUGUUUGGGACCCGACCCAGUGGGUAUGACCCGGGUGUCGGGUCGUCUGAUGAGGAUAAUGGGUCUGGUGAUUCGGAUAGUGGGUUGAGUUAUGACCCGGUUGCGUAUUGUGGGAAUUUUUUGACGGAGGAAAGAGAUAAGGUGGUGGAGAAUAAUAAUAAGUAUUGUUUGGUUGCUAGUAAACAAAUGGUGGGGAUAUAUUUGACUAUAUGGGUGAAGAGUGAUUUAAGAGACCAUGUGAGAAAUAUGAAGGUGUCUUGUGUUGGUAGAGGCUUGAUGGGUUAUCUUGGAAACAAGGGUUCAAUAUCAAUUAGUAUGUCAUUGCACCAAACAAGCUUUUGCUUCAUAUGUAGUCACUUAACAUCCGGACAAAAGGAUGGAGAUGAACUCAGAAGAAACUGUGAUGUGAUGGAGAUCAUGAGAAAAACUCGGUUUCCACGUGAUCAAGAAACAGGAGACGAGAACUCUCCUCAAACAAUUCUCGACCACGAUCGAAUCAUAUGGCUCGGUGACUUAAAUUACCGAAUCGCCCUUUCAUAUCGGUCAGCCAAGGCCUUGGUCGAGAUGCGAAACUGGAGGGCUUUGUUGGAAAAGGACCAGCUUCGGAUACAGCGUAGGAGGGGGCGCAUAUUCCAAGGAUGGAAUGAAGGGUGUAUAUACUUCCCUCCAACUUAUAAAUAUUCGAAUAAUUCAGAUCGAUACGCAGGAUAUGAUACGCGUCCUAAAGAAAAACGAAGAACUCCUGCAUGGUGCGAUCGUAUCUUGUGGUAUGGUAACGGGCUUCGUCAAAUGUCUUAUGUUCGAGGGGAGUCUAGAUUUUCAGAUCAUAGACCCGUAUACAGCAUAUUUUUAGCAGAAGUCGAAUCUAUAAACAGUACGCAAUUCAAGAAAAACAUUAGUUAUUCAUCUAGGAUUGAGGUGGAAGAAUUGUUACCAUUUUCUUGUAGAUAUAAAGGUCUUAGUUUCUACUAACAAUCGACCACACGUCCUUGGUACUUCACUCGGUGAGCGUGCCCAUCGCGUGCAAAUUCUUCCAACAUCCCACGAAAAGAGCUUUUGACUUUCAUUUAUCACUGGGCAAUUCUUUGGCAAUAGACAAGAAUCCCUUGCGAAUCGAAAGAGGCCAUCUUUACCUGGAGGCAUCAGAUUGAUUUGAUAAUAAUUUAUAAAUGUAGAUAUGAUUCUUUCUUAAUUCUUGUUUAAUAAAAGACCAGGUUAACGCUCCUGUACUACAAGGGCGAAAACAUAGUCGCUUAUAUCACACUUUAUGUAACUGAGAAACUAAUUUAUAUGUAUGUACAAGUUGCAAAUCUUGCAAAUCAUACAUAUAUAGAAAUAUACAUAUCAAGCAGUGUGACACUUGGUUUGUGCAUUCGUA